UGACUUGCAAAAGCAAUGUUCCAUUUGCUAAUGGUUGCCACUGGAUACAGCAUACAAGAUUUCAUCUACACUACCAGUUACUCUAUUCUCAGUUUCAUACCAAUCAAAAUCCAGCUAUUAUAUUUAUUGUCUAUUAAAGGCAACAUACAUUUUAUGCAAGAAAAUUUUAUAAGACAACAUUGUCAAGCUGUGGUGGAGUAUGUGUGUAUUAGUAUUAUAUGUGCACCGUAUACAGUAAUAGUGUGCCUUAAUUGUUGUUGUUCACUCAUCCAGUGGAUUUUGCAGUGCAUCAACUGUUUCUUGGAAACCAGGUUUGAGACUUGUGACAUGAGAAGGACUUCAACCGAAACAAUUGGAGUCAAAAAGUAAACAUCCUAUUUGUGGCAUGAAUUCCUGACCUGUGGGAUUCAUUUGGAUUUAAACAUUCUAAAGAACGCUACAAGAACGCAUUUCAAAAACUAUUCAUUUGAAUCAGAACUGGAACUAAACGUACUUUAUUAUAAGUUGUGCUUAAAUGCCUUCAACCAGUGUAAAGACAUGCAUCGUUUUGCAAAUUUGUGUGAAUUGAUUUGACCAAGGAAUCUUAAGUAUGGGGUAAUCACUUGCUGUUCUACAGUAUUGACUUAUCAUUUGUUUAGUACAGUAAAUACGGUAACAUGAAUUGUGUUGUGUGAAAGGUGGUGUGUUGGUCCUCACUGUUUAUUGUGACCAUUCCGCCCUUUCAUUCAUGAGUGUCAUUGUAAAGCUUUAAUUCAUUGGACCGGUACGUUGGCUACAAACAGUAGUGGAUGAUUGCAUGAAGAUCAAAUUUCCAUUGUACCAGCUCAACCUGAGUUUUGUUUUCAUUAUGCAUAUGCAGAGGACAACAGUUUGUAUACCAUAUAUGCGUUGUUUGAUUUACUAUGAUCCUUGUAAUAUCCAAAGCUGAACAAUUAUUAUCCAGGAUAUUAGUGCACAGUAAACCUUGGUUUGAAGAUGGACAACCAUAAAAUAUUAGUACAAAAAAACGAUGAUGACUCUUUGAUGCCGUUGAGCUUGGUAUCUAGUAUACCAGAACCAAGUGUACCUAGUGUAUCUACCAUAACUAGCAUACCAGGGACAACUAUAUUAGUACCAAGUAAUGGUAGACCACGGUCUCUAGUAACUUCAUGUGAAAGUGAUGCUUACAAGCUUCAGACUAAUUAUCAUCACCGAGCAAGUACUCCAAAUUCAGACGAUCAAGAAGAUAACAUGCUGCAGAAACCAAAAAAGUUGAAAUCCAACCAACGUUUCAGCCCCCGUUUCAGCCCAAAACUAAAGAAAAAAGUCACAAAAUUCAUUAAGAAAGUAUCCAAGGGUAAAAAUAGUGAGUUAUCUGAUAUAAAUGUUGACGAUGGAAGCCAAUCUGGUGAUGAGAGUAUCAAAUCAGACGAUAGGAGUGCAAGCACCAAUGUUAAGGAAUCGGAGCUUACCUCAUGUAUCAUGCAAUCGGCGCCAAUCUCAGCUGACAAACCUGCCGAGAACAAAGUAAACACGAAAGUUACGCACGUGGUAAAGUCACGUACAGCAAUCGAUGUCUUUCUUUCACAUUCUUCCCAUCAUAUAAAGAAAGCACGUCGAGCACGUAGCGUUCGCAGUAAACGAACUGCACAAGGAGAUCGUCUACGUCGUAUUGAGUUGCGAGAAAUAAGCAGCAGUCAAAAUGGAAUGGCAUCAUCACAAUCAGUUCCGGAAUACCUAGCAACUGACGACAAUGUUGUCAGAAAGCGUUCACCUAAACUCGGCAAGAAUAAAAAAGGUGUUCGCAGAUCAGCUCCAUGGUAUAGUGUUCUUCAGUCUAAUUACAAAUCUAGAUGUGAAGAAUUUCUGAAACUUUUUAAGGGAAUUCCAGAGACAGAGCGGUUAACAGUAGAUUAUUCAUGUGCAAUACAAAAAGAGAUAUUAGUUCACGGAAGGAUGUAUGUUACACAGAAUUACCUCUGCUUUUAUGCCAACAUAUUCAAGUGGGAGACAACACUUACUAUCAAAUUAAACGACAUCACGGCAGUCACUAAAGAACGGACAGUGCGGUUUAUACCAAAUGCUUUACAAGUCACUACAGCUUCAGAGAAGUACUUUUUUACAUCAUUUGGAUCAAGAGACAAGUCGUUCAUGACACUCUUUAAACUCUGGCAGAAUUCACUCAUGGAUUUGAAAAUGCCACCAACAGAAUUCUGGAAGUGGAUUCACAAUAAUUAUGGAGAUGAUCUUGGAUUCCCUGAGGAUGAGCUUCCUGAGGACUAUGUGUUCCCUAGUAAAGAUGCAGAUGACAGCGGAGAUGAUAAGUCUAGAGGUCGGGUGUCAGAAGGCCAGGGUAGCGAUGGUGAUGACCUCAGUUUAUCAGAGUCAAGAGAGGAACUGUUGAUAAAGGAUGAUGACUUUGAUACAGAAGCUACCACCAAAUCCUCUUUGCUCAAUAAACUUGCACCUCCACAAAUUGAUGUGUCCGACUAUUCAGAAACUGAAGAGGAAGUAUUUUGCAGUUGCAAAGACCAACAUCAAGGAAAGCAAUAUUUAAAUGAAGUUUAUGACAUUUCUUGUGAUAAACUAUUUAAUCUUCUGUUUGCUGAUGGCUCCAAGUUCUAUUUAGAUUAUGUUAAAGCUAGAAAAAGUACAGAUAUUAACAUUGGGAAAUGGGUGACGGAGGAGGAGAGUCCUCAAGAGACAAGAGUAAUAACAUACACUUUCCCCAUCAAUAGCAAUAUUGGACCCAAAUCAAGUCAAGUGACAGAAACACAAACAUUCCAUCGUGACCUUAGUAAAGAAGGCAGUUGCUAUAUUGCAGAGAAUAAAGUAGUAAAUAAGGGCAUCCCAUACUCAGACAACUUCCAUGUCCUUGGACGCUGGUGUAUCACCCGGGUUAGUGCAAAUAAAUGUCGUUUAUGUGUAAAUGCUGAUGUUUGCUUCAGCAAGGCUUCCUGGCUGAUAAAGAACUUCAUUGAGAAACAGGUGCAUGUUGGUCUUAAGAGUGGGUAUAUUUUUCUAGGUAGAUAUCUGAGAGAAAAUCUUGAGGUAGAGAGUGGAAAAAGAAGGAAAACAAAACGUCGAAAACACCCAAGUACUAAGGAGGAGGAGAAUGAAAACACAGCAGCUCAGCGGUUGCUUAAAAAGAACAUCUCAGUACAAGGUCAAAAUACAGGAUUCUUGUCGUGUUUGCGUAGUGCGCAUCUCAAUUCACGUCCCAUGAUGCUUUUUGUCUGCUUAGUUCUUUUUCUCUUGGUAUUGGUAAACAUCUUGCUGUACUCUCAGCUGCAGCAUCUCGAGCAGAAGACAGCAUUAAACAGAAAUCUCUGGUCAAAGAGUGAUAUCUUUGAGAAGCUUGACAAAGUGCCGGCAACUGAUGAAGAGUGGAGAAACUUAAUAAAACAACAACAGUUAUUCCAUGAAGAAGAACUAAGCAAAUGGAGAGAUAUCAUUGGCUUGUGUGUACAGCUCAUGAAACAGAUGGAGACUGCGCUGGAGGACCUUAAGGAAGAUAUAGAUCCCAUGUCUUCCAUAGUGAAGCUGGACAAGUAUGUAAGUGAUGCAAUAGAUACUCCAGAAUCAUCAUAUGGCACAGAAACUGAGAGUAGGCCCCCUCCAGGUUAAACAAUAUCAUCACCAAGAAAACAUAACAAAUCAAUAUAAUAUGUAGAAAAUAUAGACAUGUCAUAGAUAUAUAAUUUAUCAAAUGUUUACAAAUAUUUUUUAAUUUUAAAUUUUUUAUUUCUAUCAUUACCGAUGAGCCAUACCAUUUACACUCGAAAACACAUGUUGAAAAUUGAUUAUUAAAAAUAUUAUGAAAUAAAUAUAUAUAAGGACUGUUAUAAUAUAUAUAAGGACUGUUUUUAAGUCAAUUUUAUCACUUACCUUUGAAUUUUUGGUUGAAAUUCUGUAAUGAAUUUUGAAACCAUUUAAGUCUUUCAAACAUAAUUUGAGUGGUUGAACAUGUGUGCCAUAAACCCUAAUUGGUUGAUUGAUACAUUUUCAAAUCAUUUGGCUUAAAGAAAUCAAAUAAAUGGCUCUAAAGUAUGUAUCAUAUGUAUAAAACUCAGCUGUUAUAAUGAAAGUAGUGUCCAAGGAAUACUGACCAAUAAGCAUAUACUUGAUGCCAUAAAUAAGCCAUCCAAUAGAGGAAUGACAAAUUUUAAUAUUUUCAACAGAUCACAAGACUGGGUUAUGUUUAAUGUUCUUUUGUUAUUGCUUCGUUAUUCUAUAUUAUUGGCGUGUAUUGCUAUGAAAUUUCCUUGGGGUAUUUUGAUUUUGUUCACCAAAGUUCUUGUAGAGACUUGGUUUGCACCAGUAGUCCAGUACCAUAAAUCUGUAACUUUUAUGUGUUAAACAUUGUUAAAAAUGAUAACAUUAGAUGUUCAUGUCCAUCCUACUGCAACUUUAUGCACACAAAAUCACUCCUUCAGACCUGUCUCUGCUUAGAUAUUCUGUUUUAAGUAUACAGUAUACCUGUAUCUAGUAUUGUAAGUUGGACUUGUCAGAGUGGGACAGUAAAGAUUUAGGGAUGAUGCAACUGUGAAUACUUUUCCCCCAGAUUAUUCCAGGGUGUAAUGUAAAUAAUAUAAGGGGAAUUUAUUUUAGAUAGUGUAAGGUUGUUUAAUGAUCAAUCCAGAGUGUGAAAAUAUUUAAAUCUUGUAAGACUUUACUAAGGCCAGUUCUGAGUGCAUAAAGUUUUAAGUACCUCUUGUGUACUGUAUACCAUAAAUGAACCUAAAUAGAAUUAGUGGCCUCAAGCUUGAGUGUGAGGGUAAGAUUUUUUUUGGUUGUAUUAUGUACAAUCUCACCGUGUAUCCUAAAACUGUUUAAUAAGGACACUCAUUCAAAUAAUCUUAUUAUUUUACUUCAGAUGAAUCUAAGUUUGAUAAAUAUAUAUUUAAAGUGGAUGACUCCAUGUUUAUAUAUUUGCAUAUAUCUAGAGAAAAUGUUUAAUCGAUAUUUUUUAUAAAACAAUACAUGUUUAAAUUUAUAUGUUUAGAUUAUUUGUGUGCAAAUGCUUGACUUAGUAGGCCUACAUAAAUAGAUUUGGAAAUGUAUGUGUUGCCAACGCCAUGCACAACAGCUAAAUCAAGAUAGCGCUAUUGCUUGAUGUUUUUUGAUCAUGAUAGCUAUAUAGUUGCUGAUAGUUGCAUUUAAGUGUGUGGUGCUUUUAUUUGAAGUGUUCCACCUGUAUCAUAUCAAUCCUCACAUUUCUGAACUUUAAUUUCACUUGCUGCAUAUUUUAUAUACAGUAAUAGUUUUAACUUGUGUGUUGAUUGGUGGCAACAUUCAUAAUGGCUGUAAAAAUACCAUUUGAAAGCUUUGACAAAAUAUGAUUGGAGGGAUAUUGUUAAAGAUCACAUUCCAAAAUUGUAUGAAUUGUAUCAAAUUUUGUUUGUCAAUCCAAAUCAGGUAAACUUGAAACAUCUGGACAUGAAAUUAUUGGGAUUGGUGCAGUUUUGUUUUAGAAUAAUAUAUAAUAUAAAAAUGGACAUAUUAAAAUAUUUUGGGGACACAUGGUAGCUCCACCAGCCUUAUUCCACCAAAUCAUGUUAUUUCAAAAAUAUUUUUGUACGUUCCAUAAAUCCAUACAUCCAAAAUAUUUAGUAUUUAAAGUCCCACCAUUUAUUAUUUCUUCGCUCUGGUGCUACUCUCCUAAACCCAACAAAAAAGGUCUUGAGGACUGAUGGCCUUAACUUGUCUCCUUAGUAAAAGGCUUUUGUGUGCUGAUGACCGUAACCUGUCUUCUUAAUAUUGGACAAGAUUUCUCUUCUUUUUUUUUUUAGUAUUUAAUAUUGUUGGACAAUCAGAUUGUAUCACAUUUUGAUAUGGAUUCAAUUUUAUUUGAUUUUAAGAAUGUUUAUUUUCAGGAGGACUUCGAUUCAGUUAAGAGUUUAACUUUGGCCUUAUUAUAUUUUAAUAAAGUAUUCAUUUGACAAAGAUGAAUAAAAUAAUACAAUAUUAUGUCUCUGCUACUACUGUUUUGCUUGAAGAUGAAAAUAUUUCUAUAACUUAUUAUACAAACUUAAGUCUUUGCAGCUUUUAACAAAGGCGGCUAUAAUUAUAAAUACAUUAAGUAUGCAGCACUUAAGUAUAAUUAAAUGUAAAGUAUAUUUAUUGACAAGAAAACAAACAUGUCGUAUACCCACUUGAUAUGAGCGUUAUUCCCAUAAGCUUUUUAACCAAAUAAUGGUUUUUAAAAAAAUGAAUUUAUUUGUGUAUAAUAUAUGGUUAUUCUUAUUUAAAAUAAUAGAGUUUAUCUAGGUCAUUUAUUGAUUCAAAAUUAGUUGAUAAUUUGUGGUUGUUAAUUUCUGAGAUUACAUGUUCACAGAAGAAUAAAGAGCUUUUUCUUGGAAA